AUGGGACAUUCGCAGCGUUCACGUGGGCCUGGGUAUUUUGGAAACGAAUUGCUGCAACGGCAAAUUGCUGGUGUGACGCGGAGACGAUCGGUGGAAAUGGGCCGGAUGAAGAACAAAAUCUGUGAAAUUUGUCAUUUGACGGCUAGUGGCUCGUAUUUCAGCGUGGUUAGCUGUCGAGCCUGUGCCGCGUUCUUCCGUCGGACAGCUUUUCUAAACAUCGUCUACGUUUGUCAGAAGGAUCGGUUUUGCGAUGUGACAAAAAAGAAACGAUUUAGCUGUCGGAGUUGCCGAUAUCAGAAAUGUUGGGAUAAAGGGAUGAGGCCGUCAAUGAUCAAAGGACUAGAAAACUCGAAAAACUCUUGGCCAGCAUCAACUACAACCUCUGAGACUGGCUCAUCUCCUUCAGGGUGUUCACAAACCUCGGAAAGCACCUCCCUGAAUGGACUAGAUGAACACAUUAAAACUGAACAAUCAAUCGAUGGCCAUCCGGCAACUCCCGCGGAAAUCCGAGAUUUUAUGGAUCGGCGGCAAAAGGCUGGGAACAAAAUGCAGGAGGUCUUGGGUUCGAAAAAAGCAAUAUCAAAUCUAUUGGUUCCAAUAAAGUUAACACUAGUUCAACGCGGGCUGUUGGCGUUGAACGAGCACUUCAAAAAAUGGCCGAUGUGUACCCCGGAAAAGGUUCGACCCGGUCAACCAUUCACCCUCGAAGAGUGGGUAGAUGAUCUCCAGCAAGAACUCGUCAAUAUCACCGAGUUUUGCAUGGCAUUCGAGGAAUUUGCAGGCUUGGACAAGGAGCAAAAGGGAGCAAUUUUCCUUCCCUUCUGGACGCAUUUCCUGGUCCUGGAGCGCUACCGAACCACAAACUAUUGCUUGCCAAACACGACAACUUCUAUCUUGCUGCUUUAUAAUGGCAACUAUUACGACUUGGAAGAGCGGCAUAUUUGGACGAGGAAAUCGAAGAGUAUGAAGAUGAUUUUCGAUUUCGCAAAGCCACAAAUCGACAAAGAAACGCAACUGAUGGAUGAUCAGCUCGACCGAACCGCUCUCACCGAUUUUGAGCUGGUAUUCGUUAUGCUGCAAAUUAUGUGGACUUUAAAAGAAAACCCGGAGCUCACCCAAGCUACAAAAGAUCUCGCGGGAAACGUACGACAGAGAUUGUCAUCAGAAAUCCACGACUAUUAUACAAAUGAGAUGAAUCGUCCGAAUUAUGCCGGGCGUCUGAUGCAAGUUAUGAAAAUUGUUGCCGCAUUUUCUGAAGUCGAAAAAGGCCGUGAGGAAGGUGCAGCAGCCUUCAAAGCAUUUUCAUUUGUCCCUGACCGAUUUCAGGCUCCAUGUUCUCCACGGCGU